AUUAAUUCCAAACAUUUUCCCUUCUGAUCAAAUUAUGUUUCUUCUCUUCAAAGAAAACUGUUUUCCAUCAGUUUUUAACCGUCCCAAAGAAUCCACUUUUUUUCAUUUCUUUUACUCAACCUAGUGUUUAACUUUGCCCACCACCUUCCAUAUCUUGCUCUUUAUUUAGCUUGUUCUCAUCUUUUUCUUCUUCUUCUUCACUUUAUUGUCUUGCUUUUAGUACAAGUUCUAAAGUUGCAGAGAUGAUAUCUGGAAAAACUGUCUCAGACUCAUCUUUUACAUUAGAAUUGGUUGGUAACAAUGAUUUUGAUGCUUACAGGAGGAGCUCUAGUGGUGCUAAAGGCCCUAAUCAUGAAAGGAAGAAAGGGAUCCCAUGGACUAUUGAAGAACACAGGAUGUUUCUAAUGGGGCUUAAAAAGUAUGGUAAAGGGGAUUGGAGAAACAUCUCAAGGAACUUUGUGGGUUCCAAGACACCAACACAAGUUGCAAGCCAUGCUCAAAAAUACCAGAAGUGGAAGCUUCCAAGGGGAAAAGAUGAGAAGAAACCAAGCAUCCAUGACGUUACAGUUCUCGAUCUCACCGGCACAACGGUGUUUUCGGAUGAUCGUAAACCGCCUUCGGCAAACCAUUCUAAUGUAGCAUCGCAGCAAAAGCCGGCUAGUAUGUCAAAAACAAGCCCUAAUGAUGGAUCAGCUACGGUUUUCGAUUUGGUGAAUGACCAGUAUGUCAAAAGCAGGCUGUAAUAUUGUAUCCAUGUAAUAAUCUUUUUCAUUUUCAAUCGUUUGAUAUAUAUACACUUUGAGUGUAUGUAAUGUAAAAUAUAAGUAGCUGAAUCCCAAUGUUUAGCCUACUGUUGAUUGGUGCUAUCCUCGUAAUUCACGUCGUAAA